CCUCGCGCACAACUUCACGGGAGUGGAACGUCGGUCGCGUCCGGUCGCUGUCAGCGUUCUUCGAUGCUCGUUCGAGAAGGAUUUUUUCGGCCGGCGCUUUCUCGCGAGCUCCCCGAUCGCUAUCGCGGCGUCGAACAGUGCGCGAAUGUAGUUUCGAUAGAAAUAAUAGUGACGAAAAGCGAGCAGUGAGAACGGACGAAGGAGAGAGAGAGAGGGCGAGAGUGAGAGGAGGACGAACGUUGUGCGGACCGUGAUCGAUCCCACAGUGUGUGUGUUCUCGUCAAGGUGUUUUUCUUUUUUUCGCGAUUUCUCGUCGCCGAUCUCUAUUGUACAUCGAUGCUCGCGUGGGUGAAUAAAUGGCUCUGACUCGUGUGCUCGCGAACGACAGAACGCCCGGGACGAUGCUGCCGCAGACACCUGAUAUCAUCCCGACGACGCUCAAUCAAAAAUGCGUGAAAGCGCGAGCGCUGUACGAUAAUAUCGCCGAGGCACCAGACGAGCUGGCUUUUCGAAAAGGGGAUGUUCUCACUGUAUUGGAGCAAAACACUGCUGGUCUUGAGGGAUGGUGGUUGUGCGCUUUGCGCGGUAGACAGGGUAUCUGUCCAGGAAAUCGAUUGAGACUUCUGGUUGGCCAAUACGAUACAGGGGGUUGUUUGGUCGGCAGCAGAGCCGACCUAACCAUUUCCGAGGACGGCAUACAGAGACAUGGGAAAAGGCGUAGCUGGCACGUGCAACCUAAUAGGGUUGUUACGCCGCAGAAGUGUGGGGACGUCUACCUGUACGACCUCCCGGCGAGUCGGGGGAGUCCCGCGCCACCCUCCAGACACGACUCACCCCUCAACUCGACGAACAAUGAGCAUUCGCACAAUACAGGGCGAUACAUCAGCGGCAGCAACAACAGCGUGCGGAAUUCCGUGGACAACGGAGGCAGCGACGUGAACGAGUGUUACGACGUACCGCCGCGCGCGAUCCCGGUGAUAUCGUCUCCGACGAGCAGCCCGAGCCCGGCCCCGUCGUGCUACGACAUCCCCAGGCCGCCGACAUCCUGCACCCCGAACUCGAAUUGCUCCGGCAUCACGCCACUGGAUUGCUACGACGUGCCACGGCCUCUGCAACCUCUCACUCCCAGCAGCUCAGCCUCGAGUCUCACCAACGACGGGUCCCUAAGUGGCUCGAACAGAUCGAGUUUGGCCGCUCCGGAUUAUGAUGUACCUCGACCACGUCUUCCAGUAUCCUCGUUGCCGUCCCGACACAACACCCCUGUUCCCAACACCCCGACGCCGCCGCCACCCUCGCAACAGAUUUACGACGUGCCAGUCAGCAAGGAGCUUCCGCUGGAGUUGGACUCCGCCCUGGAAGGCUUGCAAAGAUUGCAGAAUGAGGCGUCCGCCGCGAUAGCGAGGUUACUGGGUUUCGUGAGUCCUGGCUGGAGAACGCCACAGCGACUGGACGCCACUCUUAUGGACCUAAGGCUGGCUGCUCUCAGACUCAGAACGUCUCUGCACGAUCUAGCUGAAUUCGCUGAAGGCACGCUAGGCAAUGCGGGCAAAGCGCCGGACAAAGGUCUGGCAACGAAAUUACGGCCGCUAGUAAAAGCGCUUCGUGAUUCCGACAAGCUCGUGCAGGAAGCCGCCACCGAAUUGGACACGAUGGAAUGGGACGCGAGCAAGCUCUGCCGCGGCGGUGGCGAUACACCAACACCUACUAACGGACCCCCAUCUUCGUUGCUACUGCCUGCACAGCCGGAUCCCCUCGAUCAGCUGAUCGCGUGCGCUCGAGCGCUCACGGAAGACGUUCGUCAGGUCGCCAGUUUCAUUCAGGGAAAUUCCACGUUGCUUUUCAAACGAGCGUCGAUCAUUUCCACGGGUAGCAGCAACAAUAGCGGCGCCGGGGAGGAUUACGACUACGUGAACCUCGAUUCGCGAGAGGUCGUGGCGAAACAGCGGGAGGAACUACGAGCCUUGCUGCCGCAGGAACUACGUAGCAAUUACGAUCUACUUGUAUCCGAGGCGGACAAUGCGGCGAUUCAGAUGCCACCCACGACGCCGACGCCCAUGGACCCGAACGACAAGCAAUUGCUGGCCUUUUACGCCGCACAGGUGAUCACGCACGGCGCGCACUUGACUCACGCCAUCGACGCUUUUCUACAGACGGUCGAGCACAAUCAACCACCUAAGGUUUUCCUGGCCCACGGUAAAUUCGUCGUGCUGAGUGCACACCGGUUGGUGCACAUUGGCGACACGGUUCACCGAAACGUGACACGCAACGACGUGCGUACACGCGUGUUGCAGUGCGCGAACGCCCUGAACGAGGCACUCGCGCAAACCGUGCAGAAGACGAAGCAGGCCGCCCAGUUCUUCCCGAGCGUCACCGCGGUCCAGGAGAUGGUCGACAGCGUCGUCGAUGUUUCACACCUGGCUAAGGAUCUCAAAGUCGCUAUGAUACAGUCCGCUCAACAGCCCUGAAGAUUUUCCUCGCGAAACGCUAAUCGUGUAACUACAAGUUCCUUGAAUUGAGAUGCAAUCCUUACCUUGGAUUGGUAGGUCUCUCUUUUUUUUGUUCGUUAAACUCUGGGACUGCGGUAGAAUUCGUAGAUAACGCUCGAAGAAUCGUUCUAGAAGAAUCUAAUCUGUUACAGCGUCUUUUUUGUCGAGGUUUUUUGAACAAACGUCGCUGAGGAAUCUUACAACGCGUUCGUAGAACAGAAAUAUUAUUUUCUUGUACAAAAGAGGAUCAAAAGUAUCUCAGGAAAUAUUCAGUGGAUGAUCCUUCGAGCGUCAUCUACGAGAUGUGAAUCAUUGAUGAUUGUUAUCUCGAGAUUUAGUCAUCAUCGAAGAAUGCAAUGAGUCGAGCAUUAGCGCGAAAGUUUGCUUGGGAUCCUGACGACAGUAUUUUUAAAUCCUAAACGGCGAGAUAAUCAAACGAGAUGACCCGUAUACAUAUAUUAUAUGCUUCACAAAGCAAAAACCAAAUCUCCGGAUACCGUACAGAACUAAUUAUCUCCCUUUGCAUUAUAAAAAAAAUUGUGGCCUAAAAUAGGAACCUGCUACUGCCAAAGCUCCGGUAUUUAGAUCGUAAGAAACGAAGGAAACCUUGGAACGAGUGUCUUUGUAAUGUACUCGAGAAAUAUUAACAUUGUAAUCUUUCAUAGAAAAUAUAUAGCCGUAUCGUUCAACUAGACGUUUCAAGUAGACGUGUGGAGUAUAACGAGGAAGUAUAACAAUAGCUUUCUGGCACGUGCGAAGCAUUCCCGAAAUGGGCUUCCGCGACUUGAUGUAAGACACCCAGGUUAUCCACUCGUUUCGGAAUAUGGAGCUCAUUUCGGAUACACGCCAACAACGUACGCAGCUAAACGUGUUAGUAGUCUCGUAGAUGUACGUAUACAAUAUACAGUAGAACAUAUACAUAUACGACAACGCGUAUUCAUAUCUCUCUUUUAGAGCUGGUUUCAUCGAUGUCGGUUAGCUUAAUAAUCUUAGAUUCGCUGAUUCUCUUAAAAUUAGAUUAAAAGGAAAGGGAAGAAUAAGCUAAAGUUAACUGAUAUCGCUGAAAUCGGCGAUUAGUGAUUUUUUAGCAACAAGUUCUUCGAGUUCAAGUGUUUUUCCAUAGAAGAGAAUCACCAUUGUGCUUUUACUAUUGAAGGCAAUGCGAAAGAUCGAUAUGAAUACCUAUGUCAAAUUGUGGAACAACCGCGUUUUUGUUUUUCUAGUUCGAUCGUAUGUCAAAAAAUUGACACCAAGAAAGAAAAUCGAAUGCAGGGAACAUUCUUUUUGGGAUACCCUACGCGCAGAGGCGAACUUAUAUUACUUGUUACAAGCGAUUCUUUUUUGAGGACAACUUUAAGAAGGAAAAUUUUAUACGAAGCUUUUUUACCGCCGGGUUACGAAUUUUUCGGGCGCCCAGGUCUUUUUACCAGGCUCUUCCAUAACAGCGAAAAUCAGUCACAAACGCGACGGAUCAAAUUUAUGUGAAAUAUUGUCGCAAGAAUUUCAACGGCAACUACGCAUAUUCGCGAAUUUCUUUUCUACAACGAGGCCUUUUUUAUAUAGCGAAUUUUUAUAGAAUGAAUGUGUUUUUAUCAACUUAACGCAGAUUCUUCUGUAAUAGAGACUGACUGCACAAACAACAAAUAUCUAGAGAAACAUCAAACAUCGUAAAGAUUGUUAUUCUUUAAUGUCUUGCAUUUCUGUAUCAUUGUGAUAAAUCCAGUCAUGGAAUUAAUUUUUUUUGUCUAAAUCGUGUAUCGUAACUUUUAUCUUUUUAUAUUAACACACAAUUGUAAUUAAUAUCUUCACGUUAAAAAGACCAGAUUAUUUUCUACAUGGAGAGAAUUUAUAUGUUUUUAUAUAUUUAUAUAUGUUUCUAUAUUGUCAUUAUAUAUUUUACAAAAAUUCACUACGAUCAUGUUUGACAAUAAGCCAAAAAUUAUGCUACAUUGUAAAAUUAUAAAAUAUUUUACAUAUUUAUCAUUUUUUGGCAUCUACUUAAAACAUUUAAAGAAUCGUAAGUUUUUAAUAUAUUGUAAAAUUGAAAUUUUACUAUAGGUAAUUUUAGU